GCAACGGUAUUCGACGUACGCGUACGCGUCCCAAGCAAUUACUACGCACCGUGUAAUUUUGCCUUUUUCCGUGCAAUUGAUUGACAAUUCGCCGGACUCGUGUUUUCGAUAUUUUCCGAGACAAAAAAAGGACUUGUAAUUUGCGGCGCCGAGAUGUAUUUUGAUGAAAUGUAAAAAUUUUGUGUGAAGGAGACGUUUAUCAUCCACUUGCGGUUAUGUGACUCACAGUUUAAGCUAACGCGUGAAUUUACACUCCCCUCUCGCGUCCGCUAAUCGCGCAGUGUGUUGUUCCAGUAUCUAGUUGUGAUCGCCGCGCAGCGCCAUCAUCAGCGCCAACGUCGCACCGCCUGACAUUGGCAUAGAACUUUUCGUGUCUCUCGAAAGUGGAGCACAAAUUUUCGCACAGUGUACGCGCUGCGCAUUUAACAAAGGAGGAGUUGCAUUUAAUUGAAAAAUGUCAUUUUAUGGACAAUAUUUGCCACAAAGUUUGCACGUGCUUGCGUCUACUUGGUACUGCAAAUACUUCACCUUCAAUUAACCUCGCGAAUUUUUGGAUGAUUUUUGGCGCUUCGCCGCCACUUUUCGACAUCUGCUGCUGAUUUGCUUUUUAUUAUUUUUCAAUUCGAUAUUGAAAAUUCCAUUUCGUCUCUCACUCACACUAUUCUCUAUUAUUUUCUUCUCAUGCUACGCAUAUUCACCACACACGCAAUCUCUUCGUUGCUGUGGUGAAUAUCGUGUAUGUAUGAAUAAAUUUGGUAUAAUGCAAAUUUCGGAAAAUUUGCUGAGAGUAAUUUUCAUGCUGUCAACAAUCGUCGCGGUGACUGAUUGUUGUUCGAGCCGAUUAUUACUGCUCAAGGAACACACACUGCAAAUCGUGCAACAACAACAGCGACUGCACAAUAUCAAAAGCGCUGAUUAUGAUUACAACAAUGAGGAUUACGAUCAACUGCAACAGCAACAACACCACCAACAACAGUUGGAGCAACAGCAGCAGCAACAACAACAAAGGAUACCACAAUAUGUGGAAAUAGUGAACAGCGAACUGGAAUUUAAUAAAAACUAUACAGAUGAGCACACGCGCUCCAGCGAUGACGAUAAUGAAGAGAAAAGCACUGAAACGCAAAUUUUUGGUGAGACAAUACAAUUGGGAAAUUUCGGAAGUGAUUCAUUUGAAAGCUUGCUUGGUAUUUUCGAUGCAGCGGCGUUUGAGACAACGACAGCGGCAACAACACCUAGAACGACAACGACAAUGGCAACCAGCACGGUGACAGCAGCAACAAUGACGACAACAACAGCAAAUGUGGAAAGCACAACUACAACAACAGCAGAAACAGCAGAAACAGCUUCGACAGAAACAACCACGAUAGUACGUACAACAGCUGAAGAAAGCACGACUUUGAUGGCUGAAGAAGGUACCAGUACCCAUAGCGAUAGUACUUCCACAAUCAUUGUAAGUGUUGAGACGGUUAUGGAGCCCAGCAGCACUAUGCCAACAACAGCAACUGCUGCCACCACUGCUGCAUCCUCGCUCGCCGAUGGCGUGGAGAGCGUCAUGAACGAAUUGAAGUCGGUGCGCGAUCUACUCUCUCUACCUUGUAGCGGUCAAUUUCUUACGGAAUUCUGUCUAAAUCGUGGUCGCUGUUUUCGCUAUCCCAUCGGCAAUGAUACGAUACAUUCGUGCAUAUGCGCCGAUGGCUAUAUCGGUGAGCGUUGCGAAUCGAAGAGCAUGAAUGGAUCCUUCGUGCCGUCCAUUGCAGGCGCCAGAAAACAAAAGAUUCUAAUGGCGCGUAUUGUCUUCUCAUUCCCCAUGUUGGUGGCGCUCUCUGUCAUAUACAUUAUGAUUGGUGCGGCGGUUGUAUUCAAGCGUCCCGCUACACCACCGCCAACGGCCUAUAUCUCAGCCAAGGAACGAUUCGAGCUGUUGUUGCCCGAUGACGAUGCUGGCGAGUUUAUAAUGAUGAAUUCCUAUCCAAUUGCUGCUGGCGCAGCAGCAACUUACUCAGCUUAUGCGGACUAGUGCAAUCUGUUUGCAGACAAAUGCAAAAUUCAAAUGUUUUUGGAGAAAAAGUACUUAAUUUUAGUGUAGAUAUUUCUAUUACCACUUUUGAAUGCAAAACACUCGUAGAAGUGUAACUUGUAGUUUCAAGCACUGAAGUGCUUCCAUUUUUGGCCAAGAGCGAGUUAUCUUGAGCCGCCGCGCGUAGCUAUGUUUAACACAACGCUUGCUUUACCUUCGCAUUAUUUACACAAACACACACUUCGUUUAGUGUAAAUAGAUACGUAGUUUGUGUGCUAUUAGAAAAAUAUUCUUAGUCGCAAUUAAUAUAUAUGUAGUAAUUUAAUUUAUUAACGCUUCAGCUUUCCACACGUGUGAAAGUAAUUUGUUUUUUCUUCUUUUUUUUUCCUUCCACAUGCAUUACUUUGGUGAGCUUUAAAGCUUACCCCACUUAUGCUAAUGCUUUUUAUUAGCUUUAGUUUGAUGUACAUAUGUAGUUUUGGGGAAAGCGCGCAUUCCCAAUUUAAUUUAUUUUGCCAAAUUUGGUUAAAACUACUUUUUGUUGGUUUUCUAUGCGUAGAUUUUUGUUUCUUUUGCUGAAGCUUCAGUCGGUAGUUAGAC